AUGAUAACUGCUACCGCUGCAUGCCUUUUUUACGACUAUAUUCUCACGUUUGAGGAUGAACGAUACCUCAUCUGGCCCUCCCAUCUCUCCUAUACUAAACUUGCAUUCUUUGUUAACCGCUACUUACCAAUGCUUGCGACAAUUGGCGUGCUGCACACGCUUAUCAUAGAGGAUGCUUCUCAGACUGAUUAUUUCGAUACUUGCAAGGCGAGGUUCCUGAUUUUCAGUAGCUUCGUGUUGGUGGAGUUCCUCGUCGCUGCCUUCAUCAUCUAUACUCGUGCAUAUGCUGUGUGGGGAUGCACUAGACCUAUGCUUGUUCUUCUCACAGUCGCAUACGUUGCCUUCUGUGCUCUCGCGACGUACUUCGCCGCACACUUCAUAAGCUCGGUGACAGUCUUUGACCAACAAUUAUUCUCGAGAGGCUGUAUCCUUGGCUUGCACAGCUGCCAUGCGUGCUUAUUUGCCUUGAUAAUUCUCGUGAUAUCCGAAUCAUUUGCACUCGUGAUGAUCCUGGUCAAAGCAUCUCAGAUGCCAAACUCAACAAUGAUGCAACAAAUAUCGGAGGAUGGCAUUGUUUAUUACAUAAUCGUCGUAUGCACUUCCAUAGCAAACAUUGUCAUACUCAGUAAAGCUCCUCCUACACUGUGUGACUUCCUGCUCGCCACGCAAGCUGCACUACAAAGCAUCUGCUGCAACCACCUAAUGUUCCGCAUCAAAGGGACGUGCUUAAGUACCUCUCUCUCAUUCAAGUGCUACACCCGUCCACAUUCGCGAAUGCAGUCUGAUGCACAGAUCACUUCUGAUGAUAUUGAAUUGGGUCUGCCAAUGCUUGGGCUUCCCACAGUUCUCGACCUUCCGAGUUACAGUUCUAACCCGUCGUAA